UUAGUACCAUUAAUUUGUGUGUGGUUUGUUGUCCAAAUUGUAACCAUGUUUAAAGUUGACCUAAAGGCCUUGUUACAACUGUCGAAGUCAACGGAGCGAACUUUGCGGUUGCACAAACGCAUUCAAGGCAAGGGCAAAGUGAGAUAUAUUGUUUGUUAUGAGAUAAAGGAGGGCAUCUUGACCAUACAACGGAUGAGACGCUUUAGGAUUGGACGCUCCACUCGCUCGAAGCGCCGCCAUAGUCAAGGGCGAUCUUCCAGACUUUCCAGUGUCAUGUCUCAGGCAACGGUCUUGGAAAUAAGUCUACCAAGUCCAAGGGUCAUGGACGUUGGCAGUCAAACGCUGAGUGUGGAACGCAAUCACGCCAGAGUAGACACGGUGGAUCUGAGCUUAAAGAUUUCGCGACUUCAGCAGACCAUCUUAAAAUCUCAGUCCUCAACGGGCAGUCAGACGAAGCUCCACAUGAUGGAGGAACGCUCGACUCAAAUGGAUUUUAAAUACAAGGCUAGAUGGACACAAACGAAUCCGGAGAAGUGCGUCACCCGCGUAAGCAGCACUCAGACAGUGGAAAAAGUGUCAUAUGAACACAGUUGUACACAGACAACCAUGUCGGAGGAUCAGGAGGAACCAUUGUCGCAGCAUUUAAAGCUGCUUCAUCUGCUUUUGAGAUCAAGCUGCAGCCAGGGACAACUGUUGUUUAGAGGCGUGGAGUCCAUAAAUCAGCUGAUUGAGUUCAAGCAGCUGGAGUUGCACAAACAGCGACUGAUGGACACAGCAGAGGCACAGAAAGUGACUCAAAAAGAAGCACAGAAAGAGGUACAGAAAGAAGCACUUAAAGAGGUACAGAAAGAAGCACUGAAAGAAGCACACAUAGAGGCUGCAGCGAAGGCCAAGAAGCUGACUGAGGUCAAGCAACUGUAUUCCAAAAGAGCACGACUGCGUUGCAAGCAUCGCUGUUGCCUCCACAUGCAACGCAACAAGGCAAAGCUUGCUUCGACUAAACUGGACACAGAAACCCAGACAGAGAUACUGUUCACGCCCACAAGCAUAUACAGCUGCAAGUGGACGCAGACGAAAGUCGCUGCCAAUUUGGUGGCUGCCACACAAACGGACAGGGACAAAGACAGGGAUAAGGGAUUCCUUUGGCUGCGGCGCAGCAACUAAAAUAUAUCAAAAAAAAAACAGAAAACAAAAAAAAGAACAAGACUUACCACAGCCAGCUCCAGUUUGUAGAUCUUCCUGUUGCAGUUGCAGUUGCAAUUAUCGUUCUUGUUGCACUCAUAUUGAUUAGCAUAAACUGUUUUGUUGUUUGGCA